GCGGGAGGAAGGAUGCCCGUUUCCCGGCGGAGCCGUCAGCUGACGCCGCCGUUUCCUGGCCGUGCCCGCCAUGCUGCGGCUGCUGCUCCCGCUGGCCGCCCUGGCCGCGCUCCUCCGGGCGGCGAAUGUACCCCAGAGGAGUUUUGGGAUUGAUUAUGAUUCCAACUGCUUUGUCAAAGAUGGGGAGCCUUUCCGUUACAUCUCUGGCAGCAUUCACUACUCACGGGUGCCCCGGUAUUACUGGAAAGACCGCUUGUUGAAGAUGAAGAUGGCAGGGCUUGAUGCCAUUCAAACGUAUGUCCCAUGGAACUACCAUGAAACCCAGAUGGGCGUAUAUGAUUUUUUUGGUGGCAAAGAUCUGGAGUAUUUCCUGCAGCUUGCUAAUGAAAUUGGAUUGCUUGUUAUCCUGAGAGCUGGACCUUACAUCUGUGCAGAAUGGGACAUGGGAGGUCUUCCUGCAUGGUUGUUGGAGAAGAAAUCUAUUGUUCUCAGGUCUUCUGAUGCAGAUUACCUGGCAGCAGUAGAGAAAUGGAUGAGUGUCCUUUUGCCAAAGAUGAGGCCUUACCUCUAUCAAAACGGGGGUCCAAUCAUCAUGGUGCAGGUAGAGAAUGAGUAUGGAAGCUACUUCGCUUGCGACUAUAACUAUCUGCGUUUCCUUCUGAAGCUCUUUCGCCUGCAUCUUGGUGAUGAGGUGGUGCUUUUCACAACUGAUGGUGCAAGCCAGUUUCACUUGAAAUGUGGAGCUCUUCAGGGUCUCUAUGCAACAGUGGACUUUGCCCCAGGUGGCAAUGUCACAGCAGCAUUCUUAGCUCAAAGGAGCAGUGAACCUAAGGGCCCUUUGGUUAAUUCUGAGUUUUAUACUGGAUGGUUGGAUCACUGGGGGCACCGUCAUUCUGUUGUGCCCGCACAAACUAUAGCUAAAACACUUAAUGAAAUCCUGGCACGUGGUGCUAACGUUAACCUGUACAUGUUUAUAGGUGGGACUAAUUUUGCCUAUUGGAACGGUGCUAAUAUGCCCUAUAUGUCACAGCCCACUAGUUAUGACUACGAUGCUCCACUGAGCGAAGCAGGAGAUCUGACAGAAAAAUAUUUUGCCUUGAGAGAAGUCAUUGGUAUGUAUAAGCAGUUACCAGAAGGUCUUAUCCCUCCAACAACACCCAAAUUUGCAUACGGGAAGGUUCGCUUGCAGAAGGUGGGCACUGUGGUGGAGGUUCUUGAUGGGCUGUCACCUUCUGGACCAGUGAAAAGCACUUACCCAUUGACCUUUGUUCAGCUAAAGCAGUAUUUUGGGUUUGUACUGUACAGAACUACACUUCCAAAAAACUGUACGGAGCCAACGGAACUGUCUUCACCUUUAAACGGAGUCCAUGAUCGUGCCUAUGUCUCUGUCAAUGGGGUUCCUCAGGGUGUCCUUGAAAGGGACAAAUCACUUACGAUAAAUAUAACUGGAAGGGCUGGAGCAAAUCUGGACCUCUUGGUAGAGAAUAUGGGCCGAGUCAACUUUGGUAGAUACAAUAAUGACUUUAAGGGUCUAGUUUCAAAUUUAACUCUUGCUCAGGAUAUACUUGUUGGAUGGGAAAUGUAUCCUCUAGACAUAGAUGGAGCAGUGAACUAUGGCAUUGUUUCUCUCUUUGAUCAACCGGAGAGAUUUGUUGGCAAUCCACUGAAUGACGAAGUACCUACGUUUUACGCUGGUAGUCUUUCAAUUCCUGGAGGGAUUCCAGACUUGCCACAAGACACCUAUAUCAGUUUUCCUGGCUGGACAAAGGGGCAAAUUUGGAUCAAUGGCUUUAAUCUUGGUCGCUACUGGCCAGCCCGUGGUCCUCAGUUGACCCUUUAUGUUCCAAGGAAUGUACUUGUUUCAUCGGUGCCAAACAACAUAACAGUCUUGGAGCUGGAGAGUUCUCCUUGCAGCACUCAGGCGUGCGAAAUAGAAUUUGUAGAUGAACCUAAUAUCAAUGCAACCACACAAUAUGAAAGUUAUGACCACCAGCUCUUCGUUAGAGACAUGUGGCUGACCCAUCUAUAAUGAUUUGAGUGUUUCUGUGUCUUUCCCCCACUUUGCUUCCCUUUCCAUCAAAUCAUACUGAUUUGACACCAAGUCUUUAAAAAAAGGGAAGUUGCUUUGCUGAGGCAACUUUUUAAAUUCUUCAAAGACUUUUUUUUUAAAUCUCUCAGAGGUAAAUAUUGAAGUUCUUUCUAAAAAUAAAAGCUGCAACUUUAACAUUUGUCUUGGACUGUGAAAUUGAACUCAACUGGAAGGUAAUGUUUGCAUCAGUCUAGUAAAAAUGUACACUGCUUGCACUGCAGUAACCUUCUGACACUUUUAUUUUUUUACUGUGUUUUGCAACUAGAGAGGAGCCUACAAAAGGGGUGCACAGCCCCUGCUGGCUUACUGGUUUCACUUGUGGGACUGGUAGUUCAGAGCUGCCAACAGACAAGACACUUUUAAGCUUCUUUUAUCACCUGGUUAGUAUCAACUUUGUUUUAGUCUGAUUGGGCUCACUGCCAGCAUUGAGUGGACCUCAUUUUUUUUUAUGACCUCUGUACAAGUGACUUUGGGAAAAUUUUAGUUGGUUUCUUAUGGGAGCUGGUCCAAACAGCAGUAAAAUGGAGAGGGACCUUAUAGUCUGCAUCUGUCCCCUCUUAGAAAGCCAGUUUACUGCUUCUAUUCUGCUAUCCCUGAAAACUUAAAGUAAAUUGAGAAGUACAAUGACAUAUGAAAAAUUUAGGCUGUUUUGGUUGGCCUCUAACUAACCUGUAGGUUUAAAAUGAGCCAUUUUUCCUCUAAUAUAUCCUUUUUAUGUUUAUUUUCUUUUUUUUUUUUCCUAAUGGACAUGGAGUACCUGCUUUUUAUAGACCAGCACCUUGGAAGUGGAAUGUUUUGAGUUAAAGAAUUUUAUUUCUCUUUAGUUAUCUGUUUUGUUCCAGUAAACUGAUGGUCUUUGUAAGUGCCUGAUAUUUGCAAAGGUGCACAAACUCUGUCAGUACAGCUGACUUUCUAGAGCAGACAGAAUGUUCUUUUUGAUUCCUAUGGUUUUGAUGUCAGUCAUGCAAACUCCUUGGUGAUAUUUAAACAACAGAAUAUGAUGGAAUCAAGUAUUUUCAUAAUCAGUGGUUUCUUACUUUGAUUUUUGUCUGACAUUAUUAAAAUGGUUCUUUAAAGAUUAAA